CGGGCCGCCGCUCGCCCCUGUGCUGCGCUCGCGUCCCCGCUGCCGAGCGAGGCCCCGCGCGGAACUCGAGCCGCCGCUCCGCCCGCUUGCUCGCGCGACGCGCGCUGCAGCCCUCCCCUGUACGGAGUUCGCGCCGCCGCCCCAAGCCUCGCCGACUUGUGCCGCUGCACCCCGUCCACCGCGCGCUAUCGUCGAUGCCCCCACCGGAGCUCGUGCCGGAGCCGAGCGCGCGCUAUCCAUUGACUGCAAAAACCCUAAAAAAGAGAGGGUGAUCGAUUGCACUAGAGGCUUGAGUAGGGAGCAGAGAGCUAUUAACAGAAGGAUCAAAAAGCUUGAUUCGCCGCCGACUUCAAGUUGUAGAGGUGGCCCAAAAAGCUCGAGCCAUGACCCGAAAGGCUCUGGGAGAUCGAUAAAACCAAAACCCUUGAGUCGGCAUGAUAAAUGCACUAUUAGACUGGCAAAAAAAAUGCUAAAACGAGAUGAGAUGUUAUUUGCAUGCUCAGGCAUACCUCUACCAUAUGAUGGAGCUAGCAAACUCAAUUUAACAAGAAUUGUGACUUCAGCAUGUUUGGUUAGAGAAUUUAAUCUCAAGAGAAAUAGAGAUGAUAACUUGAGGGUUGAAGUGUGCCUUCCUAAUGGUAAUAGCACCCUUGGGUUCUUGGGACUAUAUGAUGAUGAUAUUGCUAUAGUCACAUCAUUGGGCUUCCUAAGAGUGGAUCCUCUAGAUCUGGAUUAUGAAUCAGCACCUGUCUCUUCUGAUGAUCAUGUAAUAGCUGCUGGACGUGCAUUCAGUUCGUACGGAUUGAGGGCCUUGGAUGGGUUUCCAUGUACAGAAUGCAGGAACACGUGGGUUUCUACUUCAGACACAACAAAGGCUGUACUUGGAGGGCCACUUAUAGAAAAUAGAGUAGAUAGUAAGGGAAGACUUCUUGGGAUAAACCUUGAUCUUAAUCAUGAUGACAAGAGAUACACCUUCCUACCACUGGGAUCACUUAAAGAACGCUUGGAGCAUUUUCAGAUAUUCAAUCCUGAAGUAAUCAGCUUCCAAAAUUAUUCCUUGCCUAAAGGUGUAUCAAGAAUAAUGCCUUCAGGAUUUAUGAGAGUGAUUAACCAGCUAAAAGCCCUUGGCUAUCCCUUGCCACCUCCACUUGUGCUCGAAUUGAAUGGAAAGUUGCUUAAUGAGUUUGAAGAUUCUUUUGGUGAAUUAUGUGCUUGGAAAGGGUAUAUUGGUCGUAUACGCAGCGUCUCUACUGGGGUUGUCUGGUCGCGACUUAGUAGAAAUGUUUUGCACAAAAUAUCCCGUCGUGUUGUCUCGCUUGCUUCAUUCAAUGAAGGUAUUAGGUUUUUUGCAUGCACAGGCUUUCUUAUAAAGUUGUUGCGUGGCACUGUCAUCCUGACUUCCGCUAGCUUGGUUAGAAAUGAUGAUGAAGGUGACAUUGAUAAAAACUUGAAGAUUGAGGUGUUUCUGCCACCAAAUCAGCGUCGUAGUGGGACAGUGGAAAUGUAUAAUUUAAACUAUAAUAUUGCUAUUAUCAGUGUGGAGAAGAGAUUCUCUCGCACAUUUCCAGAAGACAUUUUCGAAACAAAUCAGUCAUCUGAGAAGGCUUAUCAAGGACAAUUAAUUUCCAAUGAAAAUCUGAAAUCAUCUCAAAAAGUAAUAGCUGUAGGACGUGAUGCUUGUCAAGGACUAUUAAUGGGCACAAUUGGUGAAGUGCAGCCUGUAAACAAGGACAUCAAACUUAAUUGUGAAGAACUUAGGUUGUCCACUUGUGAAAUCAGAAAGGCUGGGGUUGGAGGCCCUCUUAUUGAUCUUGGUGGGAGGUUUAUUGGCAUGAACUUCUAUGAUGGAAGAAGGGUAACUCCUUUCCUGCCAAAGAGCAAGAUUGUUGAAUUUCUUAAUUGAGCUUACCUUCCUCAACCAGGAGACAGUAAAUAUAACUGGCCUCUCCACAUUAUUCUUGAUGAUGGUUGGCCGACAAAGAAAAACAGGUGGUCCGUGCCCCAGCCAUAUUGGUAUCAUGGUGAACUUGAUGUGGAUGCGUAUGAUAUACCGGCGCAUGUGGGAAGACAGCUGCAGGUUGGGACUAGGAUGUAUUAACAAAACCUUCUGCCCGUUUAUCUAGUAGUAUCUACUGAAGUUCUAUUGUUGACCAUAUAAAUAAUGUAAGUUUGACUGUUGAGUUAGGGAUUGUUUAUGUGACUAUUGCUCAAAUGCUUGACUAAAUACGCUCUGCUCUGUCCACGUUGCAUCACAAUGUGAGGGGUUCAUUGUAUUCGACAUGGAUGAUUUGUUUA